AUGUGCUUCUUCGGUGGGUUCAGGCCGCUGGGAUGGUUAUUGGGCCUCCCCUUCGCCUUCAUGUCCCUUGUCAUCUCAGCCAUUGGCAUCGUCAUCUGGACGGUCGGGUGCGUAUUCCGUCUUCCUACAGAUACAAGGAUAGAGAUCGGCCCAAAGGGAGAAACGAGCGAUCGAGAAAGAGAGAGAGAGAGAGAGAGAGAUUCAGUUGAGAAGAAUCAGGCUCUUCAACUCAUAAUAUUAGUCAUUCAGCUUAAGAUGGCGAGAACUCUUGAUGAACUUUUGGUUUGCUUGCAGGAUGGCGAUCUCCACCGUCUGUCCGUGCUUCAUGUGUGUGACAGUGCUGGUGGAGCUGGCGCUCGAGCUGAUCAAGGUCCCCCUCAGCGUCAUGGAGUGGUUCAUUUCCCUCAUACCCUGCUGA